AUGGCUUCACCUCAUGAUGUUAGUGGAUCUGACCAGAACAAUAAGAAACAAUCUGAACCCGGUGUCAUUGGAAACAUUUUUAAAAUGGUUUCCAAUACUCUCGGCAAUGCCAAAGAUGUGACCGGAAAAACUCAUCAAGCCACCGGGAAGGGGUCGGAGGAGCUCAAGUAUUCCGACGUUCAAAAAGCAAAAGAAGAAAGUGACUUCGCUAACCAGAAAGCAAAAGAAGCUAUUGACUUGGCGGAGGGGCACAAGGUUUUCGUGGCUAAGAAAGCAAAAGAAGCUGCUGACUUGGCGGAGGAGCACAAAGGUUUCGUCGCUCAGAAAGUAAAAGAAGCCACUGACUUUGCUAACCAUAAAGCAAACGAAAUCGCUGACCAGGUUAUCCAUAAAGCAAAAGAAGACGCUGUCUUGGCAGAGGAACACAAGGAUUUGGUCACUCGGAAUGCGAAAGAAGCCUCUGAAUUUGGUAACCAGAAAGCGAAAGAAGCUAAGGAAACUGGUGAUGCAACUGCACAAAAUGUGACAGAAGCAAAAGAUUAUAUUGCUGAUAAAGCCAUUGCAACUAAAGAUUAUACGACUUAG